AAUAUCAUUUUUGCUCUCAUAAAUAGAUAAAUUAUAAAAAUAGAAUAUUUUUCUAAUAUUGUGAGCAUCCGAAUACUAUUAAAUAACUUUGAGAUAACAAGAUUAAAAAAGAAGCAUAUCUCAUAAUAUUAUACGCUAUAAAAUGUAUUUAAUUGUGUUUUAUUGAUUGACUGUAUUUUGUUCAUAAUUUUUAAGGUAUUUAUGUUCGUCCACAAAAUCCUGAUCACAAAGUUGGCUGCGGAAAGUGUGGUUACGUUGGUCAUUUAACUUAUCAAUGUCGAAAUUUUCUACAAUCAAAUCCGAGUAAAGAAGUUGUACUUGAUAUAAGUAGUACAAGCUCACCAUCAAGUGAAGACGAAUAUAUAACACCAUUACAAGCACUAAAUAGAGAAGAACUCAAAACACAAGAAGUUAAAGAAGAAGACAAACAACGAAAGAAAAAAGACACAGAUAAAAGAGAAAAACAUAAAAUUAUAAAGAAAAAGAAGGAUCGAAAGAGACGACGAUCUCCCAGUCCAAGUAGUUCAUCUGAAUCUGAAUUGGAUAAAAAAUAUCGUUCGAAACAAAAACAUCGUUCUCGAUCAUCAUUAUCCACAUCUUCAUCUAGUGAACAACAUCCAAAACCUCAAAACCUAAUAUCGGAACCCUAUUUUGCUUAUAACGAUGUUAAUUUACGUUCUCUCGUUCUACAAAAUUGGACAUUUUCAAGAAAUUUUUCAAUGACUCAAGAUGAUUUAACAAAGUAUUCUCAAUUUUUUUUAAGCAUCGAUCAAAUCGAUACAAUAACAACAAUUGAAUUAAAUCAGUGUAUAGUUGGUACGACUCAGAAUAUGUUUGUUAAAUAUGAAUUGAAUUUGACAGCAACUACAUGUCAGUUAAAAUUAAAUAAUACUCUCAACAUUCAUUUUCAAUCACCGAUUGUAUAUGCGAGAGGAAAAGCUAAUGAAUAUAAUUAUGAGGUACCACCAAACUGUACCGUUGAUCUUCAAAAUGGAGAAUGUCAUGUACAAUUUAUGCGCAAAGAGCCAUGUUCAUUUUCAUGGGAUUGGGGUCCAGCAUUUGCUCCCAUAGGCAUCACUGGAGAUAUUUUUUUAUUGGCUACUGAUGGAAAAAAUGUAUCUGAUUUCGAUAUAUCAAAUUUAAAUGUAAUGGAAUUUGAUGAUUCUAACUGGAUAAUUAACUUAAAAUUAAAAUUAUCUGCACCACUUGAUCUAUAUCAACAAGAUAUAUUUCAAUUUCAACUAUUAAAUACUGAUUGGUCAUAUAAAAUGAAAUUAACUCAAGAUAAUAUUGUUGUUAACAAUUCAGAGGAUAAUUAUAUUUAUGCUCAAUUUAAACUUAAAGUACCGAUAAAUUAUGUUGAGUUAUGGUGGCCAAAUGGAUAUGGAGAACAAAAUUUGUAUAAUUUUCAAAUUAAAUAUGGAACAAUUAAGAAAGUAAAACGAAUUGGAUUUCGAACAAUUCGAUUAGUUCAAGAUACAUAUCCAGCACCAGUGAAAGGUUUAUCAUUUUACUUUGAAAUAAAUAAUACAACAAAAAUAUUUGUAAAAGGUAGUAAUUGGAUUCCAGCUGACGCAUUUCAAGAACGAAUUACAAAGGAUUACAUUCGUCAACUACUAAUGUCGACAAAAGAAGCGAAUAUGAACAUGUUAAGAGUAUGGGGUGGAGGAGUUUAUGAACAAGAUUAUUUUUAUGAUAUAGCCGAUGAAUAUGGAAUUAUGAUCUGGCAAGAUUUUAUGUUUGCUUGUAGUAUGUAUCCAGUAGAUUUGGAAUUUUUAACAAAUGUUCAUAAUGAAGUUGUGUAUCAGGUUGGUCGAUUAAAUUCUCAUCCAUCCAUCGUUGUUUGGUCUGGGAAUAAUGAAAACGAAGCAGCAUUAAGUGGAAACUGGUAUGGAACAAAUAAAAAUCGUACAUUAUAUGAAAAUGAUUAUGUAUUUUUAUACGUACAUGACAUUCGAGCAGUCGUUCAAGAUUUAGAUAAGAGUCGACCAUUUCUAGUAUCAUCGCCAUCAAAUGGAUUGGAAUCAGAACAAGAAGGUUAUGUAGCGAAAAACCCAUAUGAUCCACUUUAUGGUGAUGUUCAUUAUUAUAACUACAAUAUUGACACAUGGAAUUAUACCUAUUAUCCUAUAACACGUUUUUUAUCUGAAGUUGGUGUACAAUCCUUACCCAGUUUAGAAACCUGGUCUCAAAUAACAAAUGAUUCAACAGAUAAUGGAUAUUGGAGUGAAUUGAUGAUACAAAGACAACAUCGUGGAGGAGGCUUGGAAGAAAUGAUGGUGGAAAUUAUGCAUAAUUUACCUCUACCGGUUACUACUAAUACAACACGUAAUUUCACACAACUAAUCUAUUUAACUCAAAUAAAUCAAGCAAUGACGAUUAAAACAGUUAGUGAUCAAUGUCGUCGUCAUUCGAGUAUAUCACAAAUGGAUCAGGUGACAAGUCAAGGAAAUACAAUGGGUAUCAUGUAUUGGCAAUUGAAUGAUAUAUGGCAAGCACCCACAUGGUCUUCUCUUGAAUAUGGUGGAAAAUGGAAAAUGUCUCAUUACUAUGCAAAACAAAUGUAUCAACCAACUUAUGUUUUACCGGUAUUGGAACCAUAUCUAACCUAUGAUGAAACAUCUAAAAUAGUAGUUUAUUUAAUUAAUGAUGGAAAUGGUAAGAAUGAGACAGAUGAAACAUCAAUUACAAUUCAAUGUGCUGUUCAUGAUUUUGAACAAUUUAAUCCAAGAACCAAAUUUAUAUUUAUGGCGACAAUAAAAGAGCAGAUGAUGGACACACAAGUUAUCUAUCAAGUACCGUAUCAAAAAUUAAUCCAGAGAGCAAAGUGUCAAAAUGAGACACAAUGUUUAUUCAGAUGUUCGUAUUUAUCUGACAUGAACGACACAAAUGAUGCGUACGAGCAAUAUUUAUUAUUUACUCACCCAAAAUCUUAUAAAUUACAAGAUCCUCAACUCAGUAUCGUAUCAGUGACAACUCGUACAGCGGAUAUGAUGUCAUUCGAUAUAAAAAUUCAAGUUGAACGUCCAGCACUAUUUGUUUGGUUGGAUAUUGUAGGUGUCAAAGGAAGAUUUAAUCAUAAUGGAUUUCACUUAUUUGAACAUGAGAAAAUUGUCACGUAUUACACAUGGAUGCCAUCAACAGUUGAAGAUAUUAAGAACAAACUUUUAUUUACAACAUUGUAUGAUUUGACCAUGUAA